AGCGAAAGCCUGCCAAGAAAACAAAUUAAAAAAAAAAAAAAAAAAAAGGAGGGAAAGAAUCAGAGAAACAGCCACUGUUACUCCCAAAUUCCCUCUCCAACCAGAUGGAGAGAGCUCCAACAACAAGCGGCAAAGACUCUACCUUUCUCUCCUUCAACUCUCCUGCACUCCAUUGAAAUCAUUCAAGGUAGCUUGUUUUGAGCUCCGCAAUGGGUUUAAUUUUGUUGCUGGAUUGUUUUAAUUGUAGUUAUUAUCUUUGGGGAAUUUUGGUUAGGCAAACCCGUGGAGGAAUUUUAGUGUUUUAACUCAUUUGUUCCUCAAAAUGGAUGGGAGGAAGAGGAACCUUUUUAAGAAACCGAUGAACACGCCCUUUAAAAGAAAAGGGUUCAAUAAUAAUAGGAAACCGAAAUGGAGUACUAAUUCUGGCCAUGAACAGUCUUCCGGGAAUUUUAAUUCUGGAGACACUGUUUAUCGAGUACUUUGUCCUUCGAGAAAAAUUGGUGGUGUUAUUGGGAAGGGUGGGAGUAUAGUCAAAGCAUUAAGGGAGGAGACUCAGGCAAAGAUCACGGUAGGUGAUUCAGUUCUUGGUUGUGAUGAGAGAGUUAUUAUUAUUUAUAGUUCACCGAUGAAGGUGAAAACACAGAAUUCUGAUGAGGAUUCAGGUGGUGAGAACGAAAAAGAGGAGGUAGUAAUGGAGCCUUGCUGUGCUGCACAGGAUGCUCUGUUAAAAGUUCAUGAUCAAAUUGCUGAGGAUGAUCUUUUUGGUGGGAUGGCGUUGGAUGAUGAUAAUGGGAAUACUGUUGUCACUGCACGGCUGUUGGUUCCAAAUAAUAUGGUAGGAUGUCUUUUAGGGAAACGAGGUGAUGUGAUUCAAAGAUUGCGAAGUGAGACAGGUGCUAGUAUUCGUGUUCUUCCUGCUGAUCACCUUCCUGCUUGUGCAAUGGCAACUGAUGAAUUAGUGCAGAUAUCUGGAAAGCGAGAUGUUGCAAAGAGGGCUCUCUAUGAAGUUUCCACUCUCUUGCAUCAGAACCCAAGAAAAGACAAUCCUCCAUUGAGCUUCCCUGGGCCUCAUGCUGGCCAGAAUUUUCCUCCUUCUAGUGCUAUUCCACCCAGCAAUCCAUUGUGGUCUCAUCGGAAUUCUUCUCCUCAUGAUAUUCCACCAAUGCCAUGGAUGGGCGCUCAUGGAAACCGGCCAUCUGGAUUUGGGCCUGGUAGCUCAAGCAGUUUUCCUCCAGCGCGUGGUGCUGAGGCUUCAGCUGAGUUUUCGAUGAAAAUUUUGUGCCCAGCUGGGAAGAUUGGUGGUGUAAUUGGUAAGGGAGGCUUUAAUGUUAAACAGUUACAGCAGGAAACAGGAGCAGGCAUUCAUGUUGAGGAUGCAACAAUAGAGUCAGAUGAGCGUGUGAUUCGCGUUUCUGCAAUUGAGGGUCUUUGGAACCCUCGAUCACAGACAAUUGAUGCCAUUCUACAGCUUCAAAAUAAAACUAGUGAAUUCUCUGAGAAAGGUACGGUUACCACUAGGUUGCUUGUUCCAUCAAGUAAGGUUGGCUGCAUUCUUGGGCAAGGAGGUCAUGUAAUCAAUGAGAUGAGGAGGAGAACCCAAGCGGAUAUUCGCGUUUACUCGAAGGAUGAUAAGCCUAAGUGUGCAUCUGAGGAUGAAGAGCUAGUACAGAUAUCUGGCAAUUUUGGCAUUGCUAAGGAUGCUUUGGCUGAGAUUGCAUCAAGACUUAGAGUAAGAACUUUGCGAGAUGUGAAUGCUGGAGCUGAACCCUCUCCUGUUGGGCCUGUCCAUGGAUUUGGCCCCGCAAGAAGCAUGGCAGAUGGUCUGCCACCAGCAGCUGCGAUAGGACCUGGCCGUUCUGGUGGAUAUGAAUCUUCCAGGGGCGGUGGUGGACGUGAGUAUGAACCUCAGAAUAAUUAUUCUGUUCCUCCAGCUGCUGCUAGAUACUCGAAUAUGAACGGUGCGCUAGAGGCUAAAAUUCUAAACAAUGUUUCAAGUUCUGUAACAGGCACUGGAGGAAGCACCAUCUUGAAUAGUGAGGUUUCAGGGGCAAGAUUAAGGCUUGAAGAUCCUCAGACUGGUGGCUCUGAAGAGUUCCGUGGAUCUUCUGAGCAUCUAACCGCUGCUCAAAGCAUUUUUCACUCGUUCAUGCCUUUUUCUGGACAAAGCAUGAAUGCCCAACAGAGUUCCUAUCAAAAUUUGAAUGUUCAGCAAAGUUCCUAUCUGAACAUGAAUGCACAGCAUAGCCCCUACCCAAACAUGAAUGCUCAACAGAGCCCUUAUCAAAACAGGCACCCUCAUCAAAGCAGCCCUUAUCAAAAUCUGAGUGUGCAGCGAAGCCCCUAUUCAGUUACUUCUCAGCAAGUGGCCUAUGCCACCAUUAACGCUCCACAGAGUGCUUACCACCAUUACAGUGCACAGCAAGGCGCCUACCAGUAUUAACUUCAAUAAGGGCAUUUUGUACUAUAUUUUGCUUUUAGAGUUCUUAUUGCCAUAAUUACCUACAAAUUAGAGAUUACAUAAGCUGUCUCAUUACUGUAUGCAUUUAAUUUUUAUGUGAAGGACAAUUUUUUGCUAUUCCUCAAGUUGUAAGCUUAGAUCCUUUUUUGCUGUAUCUGGACUCUUGUAUAGACAAAUUAAAUGAUGAUUGUUUGACAUCUGAAUUGGUGAACCAACUUAGGAAAAGAGAUAUGCUGUUAAUCUUUUGUAAAUGAUGGUAUUUUGGGAUGUAUUUGAUUCCUUUUUGUAA